CCCGCCGUAUUCAAUAUAAGGAGCAGUAAACCCACUCCACACGCUCCUUUACAACCAUAAUGCUAUGCCAUUAUCGACUUUAUGUCAGAAAAGUUAUGUGUCAUAAUAUUCUGUAUGUUUUAAUCCUUCUGUAGUUGGUUAUACGCGAUGACCUCACCUACGCGCCAGUCCGUCAGUUGUUCGCGAACCACGGGUUGAGACGUACCCGCUACCACAGUGUUAUUUACCGCGUAGUUUCUUUCAACACUUCCGUGAUUACUUAUAAGUCUGGAAAGAUGGCGAGUCUAAGAUCUGGCACUGGGGUGCAGGUGGUGACUCCUAGCGAAGACCACACGUUCCUGUUGGAUGAAGAUGCUCUCCAGAAGCUGCUGCUGCAGCCCGACGUGAAGGACCGGCCCGUGGUGCUGCUGUCCGUGGCAGGAGCCUACAGGAAGGGGAAGUCAUUCCUCCUCGACUUCUUCUUGCGAUACUUGGAUCACACGUACAACAAUGGAGACGGGGGCGGCGAGUGGUUGGGAACUGAGGACGAGGCUCUGAAGGGGUUCCCAUGGCUCGGUGGCUCCGAGCGACACACCACCGGCAUCCAUCUCUGGUCACAGCCCUUCAAGGCCACCACUUCCAGCGGGGAAAAGGUGGUGAUCCUCCUGAUGGACACGCAGGGCACCUUCGACAGCAACUCCACGGUGAAGGACAACGCCACGGUGUUCGCGCUGUCCACCAUGCUGUCCUCUGUCCUCAUCUACAACCUCUCGCAGAAUAUCGAAGAAGAUGACUUGCAGCAUUUACAGUUGUUCACGGAGUACGGGCGGGUCGCGCUGGACGAGAUAGGAGGCAAACCGUUCCAGCGCCUUCAGUUCCUCGUGAGGGACUGGUCCUUCGCUUACGAUCAUCCGUAUGGAUCCGUCGGAGGAGAACAGCUACUUAAGAAGCGACUUCUGGUCCGUGAAACACAACACGAAGAGUUGCAGAAAGUGCGCCAAGACAUCGCGCGCUGCUUCGAGGAGGUCACCUGCUUUCUGCUGCCGCAUCCAGGACUCAAAGUGUCCACUGACCCCCACUUUACCGGGAAACUAUCUGACAUUGACCCUGAAUUCAAGUCAUGUUUGAAGAAGCUGGUGCCGAUGUUGCUGGCGCCUGAGAACUUGGUGCCCAAACAGAUUGGAGGCCAGAAGGUGAAGGCGCGGGACCUGCUGAACUACUUCAAGAGCUACGUGGACGUGUUCAACAGCGAGGAGCUACCCAACCCAAUGACCAUACUGCAGGCGACUGCAGAAGCAAACAAUACGUCAGCGUCAUCAGAAGCGCGCAACGUGUACGAGACGCUGAUGGAGGAGAUCUGCGGCGGCACCAAGCCGUACCUGCCGCCACAGGUACUGGAGCAGGAGCAUCACAAGUGUCUCAACAAGGCGCUGCACUCCUUCGACAGCAAGAAGAAGAUGGGAGGCGAGGAGAUGGCCACCAAGUUCAAACAGUUACUGGUCAAGGAUCUAGAGGACCUGUUCGAUCAGCUGAAGGCGCACAACGAGAGUAAGAACAUGUACCGCAUGUUCAGCACGCCGGCGGUGUUCGCGGCGCUGUUCCUGUGCGGCUACUUGCUGAGCGUGCUCGGCAACACCUUCGGGGUGCAGACGCUCGUCGCAGUCGGACAGGCCGUCACUAUUGGGGCUGCUGUCAUGCUUGGAGCAUGGAUCUAUACCAGGAUGACGGGCAACUUACGAGAGGUGGGGAUACAACUAGAUGACAUAGCGAACAAGAUACGAUCCUUUGUGGUGACGCAAGCCGAGCCGGCGCUCAAGGAGUCAUAACAACGUGCCUUCAGCAAGAACCAAGGGUGGUGUAUCAUAAGUGUCAUUUAAGACUGGUCAGUUAGUGAAGGCAUCAAGCAAUUAUAGUCUGUUAUGUCUCUGGAAUAAAGUAUAAAGUUCGUCAACAUGUCACAUCAAGAACAUUCAGGUCUUAGGAAAGCGAUUUUACAUGUUCUCUGUUGGUGCCAUAGCUGAAUGUAUGCCAGUGGCUAGUACUUAGGUUAGGAUAAGAAAUUAUGGCGUCCAGAGGGCGAUACUAAUGCUUAUAUUUUUAAUAAUUAUUCAAUUACUUCUGCUUAAGAUAUUGCUAGCUAGGUAUUUUUUUUAAAUCAAGUUUUUGUGCAUGGGUUCAUACAUGCACAGAUUCAAAACUAACGACUGAUAACUUCUUCGAUUCAUUGUUGCUUUCAAAUACACUGAAUAAUGUAACAUAACGUCACGCCUUUUAUCCUUUUGGUGCACAUUACGCACGUAAUACCGCUGUCUAAUGUACACCCAGUUUUCACCAUUUGUGUUAUAUAAAUCCCAUGUAAUAGAGGGAGAGCUUAUUGCCAUAUACCAGUCUACGUACUUCUGAGUUUUCUUUCGAAAAUCGAAAAAAUCCCAUUAAUGCUUUGUCCGACCCGGAAAACCCCGAGAUCCUUUGCCUGGCAGUCGCACUAAUCGACCAAUGAAGCAUUCAGAAACAUUAUAUAAACAUAUAUAUUUUUAAUAAUACCUAUAUUUAUUGUUAUUUAUGUAUCUGCUUGUACUAUUACUACUCAUGCAGCUGUCACCCUUCCCAUGUUGUAAUAUAAUAUAAUAUUGCGUGUAUAUAAUAACUUACUAUAUGUUGAUGGUAAUGUUGACGAGAGCGAAUGUGAUUUUACAUUUUAUAUGGAAAUAAUAAUUUUUAUACCUACUGUU